AUGCUGCAGAGUAACGCCGCCCAUCAUGCGGAGGCCCUCUUUUCGCAGCUGGAGCGCAGCUCACGGAAUCCAGUGCGGCUCUACCGUCAUCUCCUGCAACGCGCCGCCGCACAGCUGGAUGCUGUGACGGCGGACGCGAAGGCGCUACGCGCCACGGUUCACCUUUUGCAAAGGCAACAACGUGCGCAGGAGAAGUGCAUCUACCUCCUCGAGGCGCAGCUCGCGCAGACGCAGGCGAGGUGUGAACGGCAUGCUGCCAGACGCGGCGCGGCAAGGAAAACGAAGGUCGGACGCGCCCGUGAAACGCCUGCGUUGCCAUCGUCGUCGUCGUCGUCGUCGUUAGUUGCCCCCCGCGUGGGGCAGCCGCAGCAGCAACAACAGCAGCAACCGAGGGGGGACGCUGAUGGGUGUCUCUCCACCUCGUGGGAAUUGCGGGGCGUCGGGGGCAGACGUUUCACCUCACACUCGGCCCUCGAACGCACAGGGUACGCAUGCGGAGGCUCGCCACCCUCACGACACGCAUCCCCGUUGGCAAUGUCGGCGUCGCUGCCGCCGCCGCAGGUGUGUGGCGAGAGUGAUGCCCGGCAAGCGGCCGCGGGCGACAAGGCGCUGCUGGAACAGGCGCUGGGCAGCCUGCUGCUUCUCUUACUCGACGAUUUUCCUUCGGCGAGUCCCGCGGCCAGUGGGGUGGCAACGGCUUCGCCUCGCGCGUUGGCGGGGGGCGCCAAAAGAAUGUACGACACGGUCGUGGCACAUAUUCGAACCCUUAAGAAACGCGAAGGCGCACUGAAAAGCCACAUGCAGGAGUUGGAGGAGACGCUGCGGCGAGAGAGGCGGCGGUCACCACAAUUUGCAAUUGCAGAAGAGCAGCACACCAAGCCUGGAGCGCCUCUAGACCUACAUGAGCCGAAGAAUAGUCUUGCUAGGGACGAUCAUCUUCAUUCUUCUCGUCACGUGUGUGCAGCUAUGGACGCAGCGGCGCCUUCAGCUGAGGCAGCGGACUUUACAGACCCGCACCAUUCCGUGACGCACUCUACUGCUUCCUCCUCCCCGCCAUCUGUGGGUCGCGGUGACUCCGGCAAUGCCACUGUGCGUGCCCCCAAGGCAGUUAUGGAUCCUUCGGCGAUUCUUGACGUGAUUCAAUACGGCACACACGGCAUGCUUCUUCCCACUGACGUCAGCGAGGAGGAUUUUGACGAGACGAGUCUGGACGGCCUGGCAGGCGAGGCAGAGCUCUUGGAGUACGCCGAGUGGAAAGACUCGUUUCUCCAGCAGCUCCUUCCCUCAAGGUAG